CUCAGCUAGUCCUCCAGGGAACCUCAGUUUCACUGAAAUCCGAACAGGAAAAAGAUUCAAGACACAUUGACAGAAGGUCUCUAUCACAUGUUUGCUACCAUGAAAACCAAAGUAGCAUAUAAUGUCCUUAUAUUGUUACUUGUAUAUUUCACAAAAUCUUCAGCUGAGAAAAAAGAUCUCACUGGAAAGAUGUUCACUUUUCCUGUGGAGUCUAAUACUGCUCAUGUCGUUCUGGUACCACCAACCCAAAUCAGGACCCUAACCGCUGUGACUGUCUGUCUGCGUUUCUUCUCUGAUCUAACCAGUAGAGCUCAGCCCCUCUUCUCUUUAGCAACCCGGGCAAAUUCAGAUAACGCAUUCCUCAUCUUCAAAGAAACCAAAAAGAACUACAACAUAUGGGUGAAUGGCAUUUAUGUGACAUUCAAGGCAAUGGAGGACAUUCCAAACCAGUGGAAUUCUGCCUGUGCUACUUGGGAUUCCAAGACAGGCCUCGCACAGCUUUGGGUCAACGGCAAACCAAGCGCAAGAAAAGGGCUGUCUCGAGGAGGCACCAUCUCGCAAGAAGUCAGUAUUGUCCUGGGUCAAGAUCAGGACAGUUUCGGAGGGGGAUUUGAUACAUCCUCGUCUUUUCUGGGAAUGCUCACAGAUGUUCACAUGUGGGAUUCAGUUAUUUCUUAUUCUGAGCUCGCUUCGUACAUGAACCGCAUUCCACUGACACACAAUGGAACUGUGAUCAACUGGAAUUCACUGGAAUUCACCUAUAAUGGCUAUGUCAUUGCAGAGGACCAGAUGAGUGGUAUGAUUUGAAAAAAGUAAGUUUGUAAAAGCUAGAGUCAGCUCUGUCUGUCUGCCAAUCAGAGUUCAGUUGAGGGACCAGCUCAGAAGUGGGGUAUGAAAUUCUUGUAACAUACUUUGAAACACUUGUAAGGUUGGUUUUCGGAUGGAUGGAGCACACAGUUACAUUUGACUACAGACUACUUUUUUUUAAAAAGCCUGAAAACUUCCAAAGUAGGCCUUGAUAUAAUCUCAAUAAUGUUCAAACACUUGGUUUUACUUUUAGCUUUGUAUCGGACAAAACGUUACACUGUUGCAAGUAGAUACUGUAUUUUCUUUAUUUUAAAAAUGAAAUAUUCAAGCAAAAAUAAUUAUAAUCUGUAGCGAAGAAUUUGUUUCAUUUUACUGUUAUUCUCUGUUCCUUUUUCUAAGUUUUCACCAGAGACUUAUGACAUCUGUAGUAGGACACAUCUUCAAGGUUGCCUCGAAAAAGAAUCAUAUGGCGUGGUGCCUCUUCACUUAACUUUGUGACCUGUGUCACGGGACUUCACCUAUAACUUAAUGGCUAUAUUAUUGUAGAGGACCAAGUGAGUGGUAUGAUUUGGGAAAAAAGUAUGUUUGGGAGUUUGAGUUUGAGGAUUUUUUUUAUACAGAAUACUUGUAUUGUGUAUUGAAUAUACAAUUGACAGAUACAUUUUUUUGAACAAAAUGGGUAUCAUUUUUGAUUUGGGUAAUUAACUGUUGAUUGCACCAUAGUGUGCAUUUAGUUAUGAAUCAUCUGUCUGUAACACAUUACUGAACAUGAAUCUUGGUGAAGUUUUGUGACCAAGAUCACUUGUGGGAAAUGCUAUUUAAAAUGAUUUUUUACAUAUACAGUAUUGUCUUAUACUGUAUGGUUUUACAUCUGAACUCUUCAAUUCAUAGAUUAAAGCAAUGACUUUUAUCAACAUCCAACACUUGAUAUGUCAUGUUAAUCCAAAUAUUAUGCAGUUGUGCAUU